AUGUCCUUUUUGCCCUGUCUAAGUGAUGAUCUUUCUGAUGAAUCAAAGACGAAGAUAGAGUCGUUGUUGACCAACAUAAAAACAAAUUUUUCCGACGCCCUCAAGAAGCACCGAGAUGUUCACGCCAGCAUUUCGAAAUUUAAAAAAUCCGUCGACAAGACAUUUGUAGAUGACACGUCCAAUGUUGCUUCAUACUUUACAACCGACACCAACAAUGUUCCCUCACACAAUGCCACUUUUGAUCCGCCUCCGAAUUCUCCUCUUUACAAGACUGCUGAUAGCAUGACAGAAGACGAGUUGUUUUCUGCUGUUAUCAUCGAAGAGCUCAUUCGUAACGGUCACGGCUCGGUGGCCACCAAACUUGCCAAGGAGGUCGGGUUUUCCGAAGAAGACAUUGGUCUCAAACAGUUUCGAGAAGUUGGUGCGAUGGUUGUCGCUCUCAAAAACGGAGACUUGAAUCCUGCGAAGAAUUGGUUGGCUGCCAGCGCCGAGACGCUGGGACCGAAGGCCAAGCAGUUGGAGUACGUGCUAGCGAAGCUGGAGUUUCUCAUGGAGGUCCAAAAGCACGCCAACGACCCAGCCGGCGUCAUUGCUUGUCUGCACAAAAUCGUGCCUUACGCGCCCGACUUCCCCGCUGACUUCGAGCAUGUGAUGGGAAGUCUGGUGUUCUUGGGACAAAGCCUGGAGAACACCCCCUACUCCGAUCUCUCCCUCAAGUCACCAACCAAGGGCACGGACGCCUCAGCGUCCACGGGUUGCGCGUGGGACCACUUUGGCAGCGCCGGUGGCGUCUCCUUGCCCCUCCUGCCAUUGGUUAGUCUGUGUGACACCGAGGAGGACGCGACGGCGGCGGCGGGGGCGGAGGGGGACAUGUGUCCGAUGGAGGGCGAAGCCAGUCCGAAUGCGUUCGUCCGCGCCGCGCACCUCUUCGGCACCGUGGCCUGCGCCCAGCUCUCCCUCUCCAGCAUCGACCCGCUGAGAACGGCGUUCGCGUCGGGCUUGAGGGUGCUGCCGAAGUUGCACAAACUCCAGCGUGCCUUCGCGUGGCUCACCAACUACGCACCGGGCAAUUCUGACGGCACCCACACGCUGCCUAUUUCCAUAGACCUGGAUACGUUGGCACAUCGACACAACAUCUUCCACUGCCCCGUGAUCAAGGAGGUCUCCACGAUGUCCAACCCACCUGUCCGACUCAACUGCGGCCACGCCAUCUCACGCGACGCCUUCAAUUCCCUGGCCACGUCGGAACGCAGGAAAAUCAAGUGUCCCUACUGCCCGAAGGACACCAACCGAGACCAGGUGAUGACCCUGUACUUCUGA